AUGCCAGCACCAAAAAAAUUUGAAAAUAAUCUGAUGGCAGAAAAGUCAGAUGAUUCCUUGGUGCCAAUAUCAGAAACACUUCAACAAAAUACUAUUAAAAUUCAUCCCCACACUAAUACUGAUCAUAUCACUUCUCUAUCUCCUCCCAAAGUGACCCCGAAAUUCUAUCCUCACGGACAAGAUGGACCGAAAAGAAAGAUAACUCCAAUACUGACAGCACCAGCUUAUACCAGCCCUCAACGGACCCGUCGAUUUGGAAAAACUGAUAAUGUCUUUAGUGAAAUCAAACUAAAAACACCAAAAAAAAGGGCAGUGGAAAUUUUCGACAGUUCUAAAAUGCGUGCUCCAAAACUUAUUCAACCAUCAGGAUUACUCAGUUCCAAAAUUGAGGAAGUAAACCCACAGGACACUGUGAAAAUGGACGCUUCAAAAGUUACAAAAACAGAUCCAGUUGAAAUGAAAAUUGCUACAGAUACUUCUAAUAUGACGUCUGCCAACAAAAAUGAUGAUAAGGCCACGAACUCUGCAAAGAAUAAUAAACAGGAUUCUAAAAUUUCUCCUCAGGAAAAUCUCGAAGAAUUCAAAACAGAUAUUUCUAAGGAGCAGAAAGCCCAAAAUUCAGAAACCAAAGAAACAGUUUCUCCAAUUUCAGAACAAAUUGCUCCCAAACCAUCAGCAGAUAUUCCCAAACCAUCAGCAGAUAUUCCCAAACCAUCAGCAGAUAUUCCUCAACAUUCACAGACGUCUCUUCAACAAAAGCUUAAGAUGCCAGAAAUAAUUGUACUGGAUAAUGUUUCUAUGUCCAAAGAAGCCACUGAUAACCAGACUGUAUCUCAACCAAUUCUAACCACAACUGAAACUUCUGGUAAUAGACAUCAGACUAUUGCUAUUUCAGUGGCAGGUCCAAACGUGUCUAGGACAUCAGGUAAAGCUGAUUUUGGAACAGACUCAUCCUCAAGAGAGAUUCCUGAUCCAACCCCUUCUAAGACGGCAGGACAAAAAAUUCCUGAAACAACUGAUAUGUCAGCUGGGGGACAGAGUAAAGGUUCAAAAGAGUCCUCUGGGAAAACAAUUACUGGAAGAGAAGCAUCUGAAGUAUCAGCAUCCAAAACCAACCAACCGAAAGAAAAUAAUGGUAGUGAAGUAUCAGUAAAAGAGCAGAAUGAUAGUCCAAAAGGAUUCCCCACAUCAUCAGAAAAAAAUGUCUCUGAUGGACAAGCUGAAAAUCCAGAGGAGGUCAUUAGAAAUACAGUUCCUAAGGUUUCAGCUCCAAGACAGACUCUAGUUUCAGAGGAUUCAACGCCAAAGGAUGUUCCCAUAGAAACAUCCUCAAUUCUUCAAAGCUCAGUAUCUGCCGUUGACCACAACACCACCUCUAUGGGAACAUCAUUAAGUAUCGAAGACACGUCAGAGAAAGAAAAAGAUAAAAGAAAUUUAGCAGUUUCAGUAAUCAGCGUGUCAAAAUCAAAAGGAAUCGUUACGAAACAUAACGGUUCAUCUUCGCAAGCCAACGAAGCACGAUCUAAGGGGACACACAAGGACCAAAAGUCUGAAGAAACUACUAUGGAAAGGGAACAAAAGUCUCUUGAUGGCCAAAAGCCUCUUAAUGAUUCAUCUGAUUCACACAGAAACCAUGGUCCAAGUGAGACACUGGUGCAGAAAACUUGGGAUCGAAAUUCUGAAGAUGCUGGAGUCAAAGACCAACAGUCCACUGAGAUGUUAAACUGGUCUAAACCGAAGGAUGUAAAGAGGAAAACGUCUCUACAUAUCAUGAGCACAGCAACAGAAAAGAAGCGAAGAGAUUCUGUAGCUUAUUUACCCACGAGACCAACUCCUGCUCCAACCAAACAACGACGAGUCAGCCUAGCAACAAACCCUUCCAUCCCUAAAAGACGAACAAGUGUACAUGAGCAACUGUCAACAAAAACUGAGGUUUCAAAAUUUUCUCAAAAGCUGACAAAUUUGCUCAAAGAAAGCGGAUUUGGUUAUAAAUUAGAAGAAUCAUCAUUAAAAUUGGAAAUUCCAGUGUGUAAAAUCAGCAAUGAUCAUCAAGAAAUUCAGGUAGUAUCUGAAACAAGUUUAAAAGAUGGUGUACGUUCGUUAAAGCCUGGUGUCACCAUCUUGAAUGAUGGCUGGUUGGAUGAAGAGUUCCUAACCUUGUUGAAAACUAGACUAGAAACAGGAGAUUCUAUUAAAAGAAAGACUUCACUGACAGAACUAGUUCCAGAAACACAAUCUAAAGACAUACAGAAAGACUGUAUUAAAGUAUUAGUCAACAAGAAAGAUAUAAUACAAGUUAUACUGACUGCUAUCACAACUUUUCAAGAUAGACAAUCUUUACAAACUCUAGCUUGUAUGUCUUUAUUAAAGAUAGCCUCCAUUUCAGAAUCUAACUGUGAGAUAUUAAAAGAAUGUGAAGGGUUGUCCACACUAAACACAAUAUUUAAAUGUUAUAAUGAUAAUAUUACAGUACAGAAACUUAUCUUGACUACUUGGGCUUAUAUGUCAGCAACAGAGAGUUUAUGUAAAGACAUGUUAAACUAUGGUAUACACACAGAGAUAUUGGAGACCAUGUCACGAAGACCUGAUGAUUCUAAUAUUAUUAAACAGUCUUGUUUUAUACUAGCUAACUUAGUUAAUACAGAAGAAACAGCGAAACAGAUAAUGCUGGUGGGAGGAGUCCAUACUGUUAUUAAUGUCAUAGAAAAAUAUCAUCAACAUUCAGCUAUACUAGAAAAUGGUUGUCGAGCUCUCGGCUCUUUCGCUGCUUUCGGUAACUAA